AAUGGCAAUGUACGAUCUAACCCCACGAAUGGCACCGAACAUGGACAGGCAUUUGGUGUUUCCUCUUCUUGAGUUCCUUCAUAUGAGGCAGUUAUACAACGACGACCACAUCCUUAAAGCGAAGAUCGAACUCCUCAACAACACCAACAUGUGGUUGAUUAAGCAAUGGACAUUCACAAGAGUCUCUACCACACCGAAGAUGUUCCUCAAAACAUGAUCGAUCGGAGGGCUGAGGUUGUCGCUCACCUUAAGUCCCUUGAAGACGCCGCCGCACCCCUCGUCGUAUUCCUCCAGAACGCCGCCGCCGUCCAGGAAUUGAGAGCUGACAAGCAGUAUAAUCUUCACAUGCUCAAUGACAGAUACCAGGGCUUUAUGCACAAAUAGUGAAAGGAGUCUGAGUGCAUUGUGGGGAAAGCUGGCAGCUGAAAUAUUGAUGCAAAACUGGGACAUUGCUCUUGAAGAGCUCAAUCGUUUGAAAGAAAUCAUUGACUCAAAGAAUUUUGCAUCACCUUUGAAUCAGGUGCACAGCAGAAUAUGGUUGAUGCAUUGGAGUCUGUUUAUCUUUUUCAACCAUGACAAUGGAAGAACACAGAUAAUUGAUCUGUUUAAUCAGGAGAAGAAAGCCUUGAUGAAAUUACCUCUUAUUAUAGUAUAUUGUAGCUUUAGCUUGGUGAAUAUCCUCGGCCCUUUUACUCACAACAGGCAAUGUAUUGGUAUCUUGACUUGUACCUCGUGAACGGGUUGGCAUGUUGUUCUCCACUUCCAGACAAGAAAGCUCAUUUGUUGCAGCAAAAUUAAUCAUCCGAUGAGUAUCUGAAUCAUCAGUAUAGUAUUCAAAUUCCAUACGUGCAGGAUUAACAAUUAUUCUCUCUUCGGCUUCCGUGGAUACUCAUGGAUUAUGAAAUAGAUCAUUAUGGGGCUGAGGAUACUCUUCAAGCUAGUCAAAAGACCAUCACUCUACCAGAUCAAAUUCAUGUUGAUCAUGGGGUGGCUAGAUCUCUCAAUGAGGAUACAAUUAUAGAUUCUUCACACAUGGAAGUACUGCCAGAUUUAGGGACUAGACUAAUGGAGGAAUUGGACAUGCAAUCAACUUACCCUCGAUCAUAUCCGGUCAGACCUGAAUUAUUUGAUGACUUGGAUCCUGAGGCUAAAAAGCAUUAUUCUAAAUACAUAGAGGAUAGUGAUACUGAGUUAAACCAAUACUGUGACCAAACUAUGAAUGUUAAUGAUUUGAAUCCUGGAACUCAUCAAGAUAGGGUCUCCUCAAAUAGAGUUUCUAUGCCUGAUUCUUCAAUGGAGGAGGUUCAUGUAAUUAGUCAAGUUCAUGUAAUUAGUCCACAAAUUCAGCAGCUGUGGGGAGGAAGGAACAGAAAGCCCAUCUUUGAUACGUGCGUAUUGUUAAGAGACCAAACGCCUUCGGGAGAUGGCUAAGAAUUGUGAUGAUAUAAUGCAAAGGAAAAGGAAGAUUUGAGGAGACCCUAUCUUGAUGAGUUCCAGGAUUCAAAUCAUUAACAUUCAUAGUUUGGUCACAGUAUUGGUUUAACUUAGUAUCACUAUCCUUCCUCCCCACAACUGCUGAAUUUGUGGACUAAUUACAUGAACCUCCUCCAUUGAAGAAUCAGGCACUGAAACUCUAUUUGAGGAGACCCUAUCUUGAUCAGUUCCAGGAUUCAAAUCAUUAACAUUCAUAGUUUGGUCACAGUAUUGGUUUAACUCAGUAUCACUAUCUGCACGUAUGGAAUUUGAAGACUAUAUUGAUGAUUCAAAUACUAUUACUAUACAAUGAUGGUUAUGCAAAAAAUGGAGUCUGAACCUUUUGCGGCACAUCUAAGGAGUAUUUUUUUAUGGAAUAAUUAUGGGUUAUAUUUAUCUCAUUUUACAUAAAGAAGUCAAGUUCCCACACACACAAAAUAGAGGUGAGU